GAACAAAAGCCCCGGCAGUGGAGUCUGGCAAGGCAAGGAGGGAGCAUGGGGUGUUUUUGAAUAAUUAUUAAAAUGAGCAUGUGUCUGCGCCAUCCUGUGGGUGUGGCGCAGAGCGGAGUGUAAACUCUAGCGGGGCCGAAGCAAACAUUGGCUUAACGGCAGCAGCUGCCAGCCUGUGCCUAGGAGUGUGGCGACUAGCGCGGCGGCAAGCAGACCGGCACCAUGGCCUCAUCUCAGGGGAAAAACGAGCUGAAAUUCGCCGACUGGAUGGCAACUCUGCCUGAGAGCAUCCACAGCAUCCCCCUCACCAAUUUAGCCAUCCCAGGGUCCCAUGAUUCCUUCAGCUUCUACAUUGAUGAAGCUUCUCCAGUAGGCCCGGAGCAGCCAGAAACAGUUCAAAACUUUGUCUCUGUGUUCGGAACUGUAGCCAAGAAGUUGAUGCGGAAAUGGUUAGCCACUCAGACGAUGAGCUUCACUGGUCAGCUGGGAGCUGGAAUCCGUUACUUCGACCUUCGAAUUUCCACCAAGCCCAGAGACCCAGACAAUGAACUGUAUUUUGCUCACGGCUUAUUCAGUGCCAAAGUCAACGAGGGUCUCGAAGAGAUCAAUGCAUUUCUCACAGACCACCACAAAGAGGUAGUAUUCUUGGACUUCAACCAUUUUUAUGGGAUGCAAAAAUAUCACCAUGAAAAACUGGUCCAAAUGCUGAAAGACAUCUAUGGAAACAAGAUGUGCCCAGCCAUUUUUGCCCAGGAAGUGAGUCUAAAGUACCUAUGGGAGAAGGACUAUCAAGUACUGGUCUUCUACCACAGUCCAGUGGCACUGGAAGUGCCCUUCCUCUGGCCUGGACAGAUGAUGCCAGCACCCUGGGCAAACACGACAGACCCAGAGAAAUUGAUCCAGUUUCUUCAGGCAUCCAUCACCGAGAGAAGAAAGAAGGGCUCAUUUUUUAUAUCUCAGGUGGUGCUGACACCCAAAGCAAGCACUGUGGUCAAGGGUGUGGCAAGUGGACUCAGAGAAACAAUCACAGAGAGAGCUCUUCCCGCCAUGAUGCAGUGGAUCCGUACCCAAAAGCCAGGAGAGAGCGGCAUCAAUAUUGUCACUGCCGAUUUUGUAGAACUUGGUGACUUUAUCAGCACUGUCAUAAAACUCAACUAUGUCUUCAAUGAAGGAGAGGCCAACACUUGAUAUUACUCUUCUGGGUGUCCAUGAGGAAGAUAGAGAAGCCUCAUUGUAUUAGACAUAUUAUCAAUAAGCCCUCUGAUUUUCCUGUUCCACUGAGUCUCUGAAGGAACUGGGGCUUAGAAGUGGGUGGGAAAUGAGGGUAAACCAUGUCUUCAGUGAUUGUAACCAUAUUCUGCAUUGCUAUAAAUAUGUCAUUUCCAAUUUGGUGACCAAAAUCUACUUCUAGUGUUAGGAAUAGAAAAGAACAGUGAAUUUCAUUUUUCAAAAUUAAUGUUUGUGCAGUGUAACUCAUGAGUGUUUACUAGAUUGCAUUUUCUGAUUUCAACCUCAGGCCCCUGUAUUAUUCAUAGUCUCUACCCUUUCCACUCCCUCUCUCUUGCUUGCUCUUCCUAAUUAGAUGCUAUAUGGGUGUCAAAACAAUUGAAUGCCCGACAUAAUGUGUAUUUCAUUGUUGUGCCGAAAUGUGUUUGUUUUGUGAGACUUGGUAAAAAUAUUCCAUAGUCAUCUGCAAUUGGGCAAUCAUAGCUAAUUCUUGGUCGUAGAAAAUAUGCAUCAAAUCAGUCUCCCUGCAUCAGUAAUAUUGGCAGUCAGGAGUGAUUUUGUGUUUUAUGAAAACAACAGCAUUUCACAGCGGCUGUGUGCGAGGCAGCUAUGGCUUUCAUGCAAAAAGACUCUUGGAAAGACUGAGUGUCAACUUCACAGUAAAAAAAA